AUGAGCACUAGAAACACCCCUACUGGCUAUUGCUCAAGGAGUUCAUCAUCAUCGUCGUGGCAAGACUCUCCGCGAAGAUUACCGCGCCCGGAGCGGGCACUGCAUUCGUCCUCACGGCGGUGUGGUGAUCUCUCUAGUGGCCGAUCGCCCCGCCGUCGCCCUCGCCAGAGCAAUGGCCACCAGGAACAUGAACCCUUUCAUUACAAUGACACAUUGCCCCCAAAUGCCGUGGGGAGCUCGCGCCGGCCUGAACAGAUGUCUGAUGGCGAUGAGUACCACUCGUCUACUGUGGCUCCAUUGGAGUCGAACUACAGACACUUCAAUAACAGGCGCAAAAUGGAACUGCGAGUGCGUAUUGAGGGUGCCAAGGGGCUGAUUCCUCAUUCCCGCGUGAUGCAAACCCCACCAUCGGCAUUUGUUACAGUUCAAACGACGUAUGGUCGGGGGAAAACGCCUAUUAUAUAUAACAACGCUAAUCCCCCGUUCAAUGAUGAGUUUAUCUUUGAAGUAAGCAACCCUGACAGGGAGGAAAUUACAGGUCACUGUGGUUGCUGUGACGAGCUCAGGACGCAAAAAACUAGGUCAGUGUGCGUUGGCGGUGGAAAACCUCAUGCGGGGAAUGGAGCGACGUCAGUGGGUGGCGCUGGUACGUUACCCGGGCACGGAACGAGCAUAUGA